CAAAUCAAGAUCUGCCAUGAAUAGCUAUUGGUCCGAUGAUUCCUAUGAAGAUGGAGAACACUUGAGGGAUGCAAGAAUCGCCAAAGGACAUGACAAGGAAGAAACUUUUAUACCACCUCCUGGCAGCAAGAUUUCUCAAUAUAAGAUGAAAACCUGCAAGAUGAUGGAGCAAAACAAAAGUUGCAAUAAAGGCCAUAAGUGUAUCUACGCUCAUAACAAGUAUCAAAUCAGAGAAGAUCCACAAGAGCCUAUCCCUCUUUGGGUUAAGGAUAUCUAUAAUGAGAUGAAAAUCAAUAGGAAAAAAAACAAGGCUGAUUUUGAUGUCCAAAGCACAGCAACUGGAGAUCGAAGGAAUCUCAUAUUUAAUGAUAAUGAUGACUAUAGUCCAAAUUUCAUUCAGCCAAGAAUUCCUCUCAACUCAGGAUCUCAACAUUCUAUCCCUCAAUUUGACACUCACUCUGUCGGAAUUCCUAUUGUUUCCGGAUCCUCCUUCCAACAAAAUGAUGGAAUCGAGGAUGCUUACAAGAAGUUGAAGAUCGAGAACCUUGAUCUGCAGGCAAUCGUCACUAAGCUCCAGAGAGACAACCAAAAUCUUACAUCAGAACUCGAAGGGUCCAUGAAAAAUUGCCAAAAUUGCAAAUCGAUGACUAAAAAGUACAAGGAGUUUGCCGUCUCAGAUAACUCAGAACUACUGGAGAGUCUCAAGAAGCAGCAAGCCAAGGAUAGAGCAACCAUUGAGGAACUCAAGUCCAUGGUUAAUGAACUUGAAGUUGAAAACUCCAAACUCACCCAAAAGAACAAAGAGUUAUCUAAAAGUGGUAGUUUGGCAAAUAAAUCAACUGAUGUAUAUUACGACAUUGCCACUCAUGCUAUCGGAGCACUGGAAGAAAUCUCCAAAAGCGUUCUUUCCAAGAAGCUGAUGAAGAACCCUGUGCUGACUCCCUCUCUGGCGAUAGUCGAUAAGGUCGAUGUCUAUGCUUACCUUGAUAAACACCCUAAACACCCCUUCAAUAAGAUGACUAAACCAAUAAAAGGAAAAAUAUUCAUUCCAAUGAAGAAGGUGAUAGAUCUCAGAUGUGAACUCAAGAGCAUGAUAGAAGAGCAAGAAGAAAUUAACACAGCCAUCAAGAUCUCACUAUCUGAUGCUGAUAAUAAUUCAAAUGAUUUAGCAAAGAAAAUCUCUGGGCUAGAAUCUAAACUAAAAGAUAGACAAGAAGAAAUAAAAGGACUCAAUAAAAAGAAAAAUAGCUUAGAAAAUGAGUUAAAGAAUUCAAAAGCUAAUAUUACUAAAUUACAACAAGAAAUUGCUUCUCUGAAGAAAGGAUCUAAUAAAUCUCAAAAGAAUAAAGAUGAGGCAGCAAUUAAGGGAUACAAAAAGCAAAUCGCUGAACUGAAUGAUAAAAUUAAGCUACAUUUAAAUGAUCAGACUAUGAAAAAUAAAGAGAUUUCUCAACUCAAGAAUGAAAUUAGCCAAGAGAAAGCCCAAGCUACUCAAUUUAAGGAGAUGGCCUCUAAGUACCAAAGUCAAGCAGCCCAGCAGAAAAAUCAGGUUCCUAAACUAACUCAAGAAAUCUCAAAACUAAAGAAGCAGAUUUCACAGCUUGAAGAGGAGGCUGAGUUCUCAACAAAGCAAGCUAAAAAGUUAGAGGACAAGAAUAAAAAUCAAAAGAAAGCUAUUGGUUCAUUUAACCAAAAGAUUACUGAACUCAACAAAAAUGUAGAUGAAGCAGAAGUUAAGAAAAGCUAUGCUGAAGCGACCACUAAGAAAGUCGAACAAGAAAAGGAAGAGAUGGAACAGGAACUUACCCAGAAGAUCAAAUCUCUUGAUAAGGACCUCCUUAGAAGAAACAAGAUCAUUGUUUCUCAAAAGAAGCAAAUGGACUCACUCUCAGAUGUAAAGAAGCUUCAGGAGGAUAAUGGAGUGUUGAAAGAUACUAUCACUCAAAUUUGUGACUCUAUGGAGACGAUGCUAGAGUGUAAUGAGACAAAUGUCCCAAUGAAGAAUCCUUGCGUCACUCCAUCAGGACAUACAGUCGAAAAAGAGGUUCUAGAGCAAUGGAUUUUUAACGGAGAAAAAGAUCCAUGGAAUGGAGCUAUGUGCAAAAGCACGAGAAAGAACCUCCUCGCUUCAGAGCUUGCUCUGUUACUUGAGCAGUACAAGGGUGUGUCAUCCUUGGAUCCUCAAUAAAGCACCCAUUUACUUUUACUUACGUUUCAAUCACAUA